CGGAUCCCCCUUCUGCAGGAAUGCACGCCAUCGCCACAGUCUCCGCGUCCAUCGCGACUAUCGUCACCCUCGUCCCUGCUUUGUCGGCAUUCCUUUGCUACCGUCGUUGACCUGCUGGAUCCGUUAUUGGGCGGAGUCUCGGAGUCGAAGUCACCGGGCGCAUUGAUGAGGUGGGGGGCUGUUGAUUGAGGUUGGGGAGGGAUUGCGCGAGGGAGCGAGAGAGAGAGAGAGAGAGAGAGCGAUGCAGGUCAAAGGGCAGAUGAGAGUGUGGUAGGGUUUGCGUGUGUCGGUGUCGUGGGAAUUGCGGGGUGGAUGAGGGCGAAGAGACGGGGCAGGUAUGAGAGAAGGAAGGGGAUGCAGAUGGGGAUUGCGGCAAUUGCUGGCGUAACAGAAGGCAGCGGAGUUGACGCGGGCGUGGUGGUGAACGAGAAGGUGUGGGGCAGUGUGAGAAUAACGGUUUCCCAUGUCAUCCGACAAUCAGAGAGGGUUGGCCCUGGCCGUUAGUUCGAGUCUCUUCAUUGGGGCUAGCUUCAUCAUCAAGAAGAAGGGCUUGAAGCGUGCCGGGGCUUCGGGAGUGAGGGCAGGAAGUGGAGGUUACUCGUAUCUAUACGAGCCGCUAUGGUGGGCGGGCAUGAUCACAAUGAUUGUGGGAGAAGUGGCCAACUUCACUGCGUAUGCGUUUGCUCCAGCGGUCUUGGUUACUCCCCUUGGCGCGCUGAGCAUCAUAGUCAGUGCGGCUCUGGCACAUGUGGUUCUCAAGGAGCGAUUGCAUUUGCUGGGUAUAGUAGGUUGCGUGCUUUGUAUAGUCGGUUCCACCACCAUUGUGCUACAUGCUCCACAAGAACGUGCCAUAGAAUCAGUCAAAGAGGUCUGGCUGCUGGCAACUGAGCCUGCCUUUUUGAUGUAUGCAACUUUCGUGGUUGCCUUGGUGCUGGUACUUAUAUUUCAUUAUGUGCCUCAAUUUGGGCACACACAUGUCCUAGUGUACAUCGCCAUCUGCUCAUUGAUGGGCUCCUUAUCUGUCAUGAGUGUGAAAGCACUGGGCAUUGCUAUGAAGUUGACGUUGCAAGGGCAAAAUCAGUUAAUCUAUCCCCAGACAUCGAUAUUUGCAAUUGUGGUUCUUAUUUGCAUAUUGACCCAAAUGAACUACCUUAACAAGGCCCUCGACACCUUUAAUACAGCAAUUGUUUCUCCUAUAUAUUACGUCAUGUUUACCUCGUUGACCAUUCUGGCUAGUUCUAUCAUGUUCAAGGAUUGGCACAAUCAAAGUACACCUCAAAUCAUAACAGAGCUAUGUGGGUUUGUGACCAUUUUGGCUGGCACGUUUUUACUCCAUGCAACCAAGGAUAUGGGGGACGCAACGGCUGCAUUAAGUACGAAUUGGGGCCCAGGACCGAAUAUGUCGCAUCGCCUAUCUAUGGGCGGAGGAGCCAAUAGUAAGCGUCCAGAGGAUCCAGAAAGUGAAGAAAUUCCUCUGCGGCGGCAGGAUUCUUUGUCAAAUAAUUUUCAUCCAUCGAGUCGAGUGUAGUUACCGAUUCAAAGAGAUUGGUUCAACUAGGAUAGCUUGGAACAGACCCAGCGCCGCCAUAGGAAAGCGAUUCCCUUGAUUUUCUGUCUUCACUUCGCUGAAUCUUGUAAAGCAGUUAGAAGAUUUUCUGGACGCAGUGAGCAAUGCGGAACUCCAUGUGAUUUGGGCACAACUCACUAUCAUUAAUUGAGUCGUUUAUGGUUGUCGCCAUGUACAUCAGCUUCAUCAAUUGGAUAGGAUGGAUCUCACUGAA